AGCAAAACCUAUUCUGAUUGGAACUUGCUGGGGUAUUCUUCGGCCGGGGAUCCCCGGGGGCGGCCCCGCGCGUGCGAAUUAGAAAUGUCUGAACCAGUCACCGGAGAUCUUAGCACGUCUCCGGCCCGUUGGGCUGGCGAAUUCACACUCAUACGCUUAUACUUCCUCCCUCCUCCCUCACCGCUCCUUACGGCUCACCCGAGAGGUACUUCCAUCCCAAGGAAACCGGCUUCAGGGACCUCGGUUGUGGCGGCGCAUACGACGGCCAGGGUGGUGGCUGGGGACCCCAGGACUUGCUGCUGCUGCUGCUGCUGCCGCCGCCGCCGCCGCCGCCGCUGCUGCUGCUGCUGCUGCUGCUGCUGCUGCUGCUGCUUCUCUCCCCCUUGUGUGUCUUCGAAUGACCGAGGCCUGGGAUUGUUUUGGCCCUUUUGCGCCCUUUGAUGCCUUUGAGGGCCACGGGGACUACCUCCUCCUCGACCACCACCUCCUCCUCUUCGUCCUCCUCGUCGUCGUCGUCGUUCUCUUCCUCCUCCUCCUCCUCCUCCUUCUCCUCCUCCUCCUCCUCCUCCUCCUCCUCCUCCUCCUCCUCCCCGUGGGCCCUCUCAUCUGGGCGUCGCGGCAAGCACGGCCGGCGUUUCUGCCCUGCUUCGGGUCUCGGUGGCUCCACGGAUCGAUUUGGAGAGAUCCCGUGGCAAGGUGGGUUUGGCCGCUAUUUACUGGCAGCGGCGCGCUUUCUUUCACGACGUCGGAUCCGAGUACCCGCCAGCCCACCCGCGCCCCCAUACGGGGCGUGUAGGUUUAUCCCGCUCCAGCUUUGAGGAGAAGAAAGGCGGCAGAGGCGGCGGUGGCGGCGGCCGAGGGGGCGGCGGCGGCAAGGGCAGCGGCGGGGGCGGCGGCGGCCGAGGCGGCGG